CGGCCACAAUGCUCAGGGAGCUCCUCUGAGGGAGCCUCACUCUGCUCUCUGACCCUGGAACCUACAUCCCUCCCCCAAACCAACUGCAAGCAGCUGUGUCCUCUCCACUUGCAGCUGGAAUAGGCAGCUGGAUGCCUUUGCUCUGCUGGAAGCCGGGCUCUCUCUCUUGGAUGUCUCAGCCAUGACAGGUGAAGACUCCAUCAACACCUUGGGCCUGAUCCUUGGCGUGGGGCUGUCACUGCUGCUCGUGUCCAUCCUCGGCUACAGCCUAGCCAAGUGGUACCAGCGUGGGUACUGCUGGGAGGGGCCUAAUUUUGUCUUCAACUUAUAUCAAAUCAGGAACCCGAAGGAUCUGGAGAUAGGUCCACCCUUCACCAUCAGUGGUCACAUCAGCAGCCCAGAUGGUGGCUACAUGAAGUUCUCCAACAGGCUAGUCUGAUGCAGGGGCAGCAGCUUAUGGAGCCCUGGAGAGACUCAGUCCAGUGUCUCCCAAGUAUCUGUUCAGCCAGAAGCUCCCAUCACCACUGUCGCCUUCUCAUGUUUGGACACUAUGCUUCUUCAAGUUCCUUCCCACAAAUGGAGGAAAUUCAUUCAUUCACGCAUUCAUUUAUUCAUCAAAAUGAGCAUCCAUUGCCAUGUGUUAGGCAUUGGCUAAGUACAAAGGACACAGAAAGAAAUCAGAGUGGUUUCUGCUCUCCAGGAGCCCACAGUCAGUGCUGCAUGUAGCACUCUUGGGAAUAGCAGUGUGUCCAGGGCACUAAUGAGAGAAGUCAGCUUCAGGAGUCCUCUGUCCAUUUGACAGAUGAGACGACUGAGGCCCAGAACUGACAUGACAAGUUCCCUAUGUCCAGAGAACAGAUAGUAGCUGAGCAUUCUUUCUAUUCCCCGGGGCUGUUGCCUCUUUCUGUUUGCCCUUGGAGCAUUUCCAGACCAACAAGCUUGCUAUGGCCACCCAUCCGGCCAUUCACGUAUUAUAGCAUACCACGUGCAGGGUCAUUCACAUAUUAUAGCAUACCAUGUGCGGGGUGUCCCUGGAGCUGUCCGUGCUGCAGAAGCAGUUGGAAGAAGAGUCAGUGAAUAGAGACUGCUCAUUCAAAAGGUUGAUUGUGAAGGAUGGGCGAGAAGGUGGUGCUGGCCAGGAAGUUUUCAGAACCCUUGGCUUGUCUUCCCCACGGAAGCCUCCAGAAUGCACCAGCUGGGCCAGAUGCCCACUCUCCACAUGCCUUCAAUCCCUUGCCCAACCACAUGACAGCCCAGACAGUUGAUGUCCCCCAUCCUCCCAGCCUGACAAGUCUCGUCUGCAGUGCCCACUGCCUGCCAUCUGCUUACUGCCUGGCUCCUCCACUUUUGGAGGAGCCCAUGCAGCCCGUGCGCCACAUCAGGAGGACCGCGGUAUGGAGAUUAGACUGAGGGAGCAGGAAUGGAUGCAGAGGAGGACAGAGCCUCAUGGUGGUCCAGG